AGUGUGAUGGGUUAACUUUUCCUCUGUUAAUCACUCCUCCCCUUGGACAGCUGAAUAAAGAAUGUGCGUGUGUACAGUCUGGAAUUCAUUUUAGUCAUGGCUGUGGCUUUAACUCGGAGGUCUGUGGAGAAAGGAUUCCAACGGCUUCACGAGCCUCUGGCAGUAACUUCCAGUCUAGCACUAAGACGAAAUGGUGGGAGUUCUGCUACUUUGGCAGCCCAAGCUGAUCGGGGAGAGCUCAAGUCUGGCAAGGACCUGCCAGGAACAACUACUUGGAAAACUCUAUAUCGCAUGUUAUUUAAAGGAUAUCGCAAUAGAUUGCAUGAGUUGCAGAUUUACGAGAAGAAGCUUUAUGGUCCUCUGUAUAGAGCCGCUGUGGGUAAUUAUAACACCGUGAACCUGAAUACCGUGGAGCUGCUGGAGGAGCUGCUGAGAAAGGACGAGAAAUAUCCCUGCCGAGGGGACAUGAGUCUGUGGACAGACUACCGAGACAUGCGAGGUGUUGGCUAUGGACCUUUCACCGAGGAAGGGGAGAAGUGGUACCACCUGCGUGCUAUUCUAAACAAACGCAUGCUGUAUCCAAAAGAUUCUGUGAAGUAUGAGCCAGUGAUCAACGAGGUUGUCUCAGAUUUCAUCAAAACACUAUUCCACUUACGCCAGGCCAGUCCCACAGGGGACAUGGUACAAAACCUAUCAAAUGAGCUUUAUAGAUUCUCUUUGGAAGGCAUCUCCUCCAUUCUAUUCGAAACAAGAAUUGGCUGCCUGGAGAGGGAAAUACCACCUGAGACCCAACACUUCAUUGACUCCAUUGCCAAAAUGUUCUUCUACAGCUCGAUUGUUUCUGUCCUACCAAAAUGGACUCAGAAUUAUCUGCCCUUUUGGAAGAAGUACAUUUCUGGUUGGGAUGGCAUCUUUGACUUUGCUGAAAAGCUGAUUGACAAGAAGAUUGAGGACAUUCAGUCCCGGCUGAACCAAGGCGAAACAGUGGAGGGGGAGUAUCUCACAUACUUGCUCUCUAGCACUAAAUUGACCAACAGGGACGUGUAUGGCAGCAUAACGGAGCUCUUAUUAGCAGGAGUGGAUACGACUUCCAACACGAUGAUGUGGGCUUUGUACAGGCUCUCUCAUGAGCAGGAAGCCCAGGACACACUAUAUCGGGAGGUGGCAGGCGUUGUACCUGAGGGCAGUAUUCCCACUGCUCAAGAUAUCACUCACAUGCCUUAUCUCAGGGCUGUCAUCAAGGAGACACUGAGGAUGUAUCCAGUUGUACCCUUUAAUGCCCGAGUAAUGUUAGAACAGGAUGUGGUGGUAGGGGGCCAUUAUUUCCCUAAGAAUACCACCUUUGUGAUGUGCCACUAUGCGAUUGGCCAGGAUGAGAGUGUUUUCCCAGAGCCAUGGAAAUUCAAACCAGAGCGCUGGUUGAGAGAUGGGAGAGCCAGGCCCAAUCCCUUUGGCUCCAUUCCCUUUGGCUUCGGGGUGCGAGGCUGUGCAGGUCGCAGAAUUGCUGAGCUGGAGAUGCACCUGGCCCUGGCACGGAUAAUAAGGCUCUUUGAAAUAAGACCAGACACCAGGAUGGGAGAAGUCAAAGCUUUCCACCGGACUGUACUAGUGGCAGACAGACAGGUCAACUUGCACUUCAUAGAAAGGAAGGGAAGCUCUGCUCAGUGAAUUGCUUACAGUUCAAUGGGGUUAUCACAUUUGAAUGAAGAAAUAUAGCUGGAGUACUCUGGAUACCCUGUCUGUCCCCUGGUUAGGUUCUGUGUAUUUCUCUUGUAUUUUUGCUUUAAUGAAGAAGACAAUGUAAGAAACAAAAGCUUCUUUUUAUAUAAAUGCAUAUUAAUAAAUGUCAAAUGGCAAGCCUGCAUAGAAAUCUGGCCAGAUGGUAACAGUUUAGAUGGUAACCAAGUUUUUUUUAACAUCUGCUCGGGGAUGCAUGUUCACAUUCCAUUGAGCAAAAGAAGCAUUAGUUUAUUUUAGAACAGCUUUCCUAAAACAAAAGAGCAUUAUUAUUUCAUGGGCAUGAAACAACAUUUAUUAAUAAAACAAGAUGUUAAUUGAUUAUCAGAAGGCUGUGUAUACCUGGAAGGGUCACACCAAUCCAGAGUCUAUGCUGGCAGCACAGGAUAGGCAUUACCAUAUCUCUGGUCCUAGAGAACUACUGUCUGCUGGGUGUGUGCUUCAGCUGAUAUUUAAAACAAUACGUUUCAAAAAAUGUUUCUCUUUAGUUUGCAUAAGUUCACACUUUGUUCUAUGAAUCCAGCUGCUUCUGCAGCACAGCUCUGUCUGUAAACAACAUUUUUAGGAUAAAACACUUUUUCUCUUUCCAUUACACCAGGUUGAUACCAAUAACAAAUUCCGUUCAAGAUCGUAAGAGCUGAAAGCAAACUUUAAAAUACACCCCCAAAUAAAAGUGAACCUGGCAAGCGUUCACUUUAGGCAAUUAGGCAUGAAUACGAAAUUGAAGAAAAAAUCAAAAGAGACAGUGCUCUCCCAGGACGAGGGUAGAAAAUCACUAGCAUGAAUUGCACUGGGUGCAGUCUGCAUAGGACACCAGUCUAUAGCUGGGCACAAACACAAUUUAGAGACAAGACAGUUAGCCUAGUUAACAUGUCUUUAGAAGGUGGAAAGUAGACCCAGAGUACCCUGAGAAAAUUCAUGCAAACACACAAAAAACACAUGAACACCACACACAUAACAUGCUUGACCAGAAUUCCACCCAGAGCCCUGGAGUGUCAAUGAACAGACGACUGUCAUGGCACCCUAAAUCAACAUAUGAGAUGAAAACGUUUUGAAUGCUUGGCUAGAUUGCAAUAUAGCUGGACAAUUAUAGGCAAAACCUACUGCUAUUUUAAUAAUUCAUCAGUUAAAAGCAUUGUAUCAAAGCUCAGAGAAUUGUUACAGAAAUGCAAAAUAUAUUUUAGUCUGCUUAAAUGUAUGCUCUGCUUUCAAAUGAAGUCUUUUUUUUUUCAUUUUUUCGGGAACUGUUGCUGGUUUAAUUAUAACUUAACCUUGAACCACCUUCACCAAUAUGUAGUAAAUAGAGGAUUUCACCAACAAUAACUAGAAAAGAUUGUGUGGGAAUUUCCUGACAUCUAUUGCAGCACCUUACUUAUUCAAAUAAAGAUUAAAUCUUGUUUGCAUGCAA